GCCGUGUUUCCCUCUCGGUGUUUCUGCGCCCACCCACUCUCCUGUGUGAAUGUGUGUGUGUGUGUGUCCCGUUUAGCCUGCCUACUCUCUCUAGCUGUUCCAGCCACUACAUGGGGAAGGACAGGGAGCCGAGUCGCGGCAUUGCCGAAUAGUCUACAAACCGUAGAGGGAAAUAUUCAUUGUACAAGAAAUCACGGCGCCGUUGAACGCACUCACGAUUAUUCCGAAGCAUACACGAGCUAAGAAACGGAUCAGGAAUGGCUUCGUCUCCGUGUGGCGGUGGUGGUAACUUUGAUUGCGGUCUCGAAAUCAAAACUCGGUCGGUGGAGCAAACCCUCAUCCCUCUGGUGUCUCAGAUAACCACCCUGAUUAAUCACAAGGACAAGCUAAAGAAGACUGAGAAGACCUCGCGAGCCAUCCAGAGGGUCGGUCAGGCGGUCAGCACCGCCGUGAGUCGCUUUGUGUCUGUCGGAGAGGCCAUCGCUCUGGAGAAUGAGGAAUUAAAGGAAGAAAUGGGUCACGCCUGCUUUGAGGCCAGACGAGCAGGCACAGCUAUAGCGCAGCUGACAGAUGUGUGUAAUGCUGAGCCGAGUGAGGUGGACGGUCGCAGCACUGUGUUCAGUGACAGGAUGGGCAUGGUGAAGGCAGCUCGCAUGCUCCUCUCCUCUGUUACCAAAGUGCUGGUGCUGGCAGAUCGCAUCGUUAUCAAACAGAUCAUCAGUUCCCGCAACAAAGUACUGGUCACACUGGAGCAGCUGGAGCGAGUCAGCACCUUUCAGGAGUUUGUGCAGAUCUUUAGUCAGUUUGGCAAUGAGAUGGUCGAAUUUGCACACCUUACAGGGGACAGGCAGAAUGAUCUGAAGGAUGAGAAGCAGAAGGCACGGAUGGCUGCAGCCCGUGCUGUGUUGGAGAAAUGCACCAUGAUGCUCCUCACUGCUUCUAAGACGUGUCUCAGGCACCCAGACUGUGAGUCUGCACGGAUCAACAAGAACGCCGUGUUCCAGCGUAUGCGUCUGGCUCUGGAGCAGGUUAUCGAGAUUGUGACAGAUGCCAGGAACAGUGGAGAGGCCAAAGCACUGCCCAUCAGUAUCUAUGCUGGAAUUAAAGACCUUAAGAAUAAGGUGGAAGGAUUGAGGGAAUCUCUGUCCUGUGUGCCGUGUGAGACUGUAGCAGCACAGCUGGAAGCUCUGGUAGAACAGACCGAAGACUUCACUGAUUCAGCGUAUACUAGCCACGAACAGCGUGAGAGCAUCCUGCAGCUCUGCCACACAACACGGCAGGAAACCAAGCAGCUCAUCUCCACCUGGAGUCACGCACAGACAUUCAAAGCCAAAGACGUGACGGAGGAAGUGGAGUUGGCUAUUCUGAAGACCUGUCAGAGUCUCGGUGAGCUCAGACGUGAGCUCCACAAGGUAGCAGUGGGACGAGCCAGCGAGCUGCUAAAACUGCACUCUGAUCAUGCCGUGCUCCAGGCUCUGAAGGCUGCAGGAGGCGAUGGAAACGUCGAGGCGGUAGCAGAUUACGCCCGCACGCUCACCGAGCACAGGGAGCAGCUGGUGGAGACCUGCAGACUGCUCUGCCACAUCUCAGGCACGGAGCCACUGGAGAUCACGUGCAUCCACGCUGAGGAGACCUUCCAUGUCAUUGGUCCACAGAUCAUCUCGGCAGCUCAGACGCUGGCUCUGCACCCCAACAGUAAGAUAGCCAAAGAAAAUCUGGAUGUGUUCUGUGAGGCCUGGGAGUCGCAGUUGUGCGACAUGGCCAUCCUGCUGAAAGAGAUCAGUGACGUGUUCGAAGGCCGCAGAGGGGAUAAAAGAACCUAUCUGUCGUUACCUCGGCCAGGGCACUCGGCUAAUCUGAAGACUCCAAAGACAGCCAGGCUCGACACAGAGGGGCCAGUGUGUUGUGGCGGUCAGGAUCAGACCACCAUCACAAAGCUGGGACAGGAGCUUCGGUUUCUUACCUCGGAUGUGGAUGCUGAGCUGGAGCGCUGGGAGAAUCAGGAGCACGAAGUGGUCCGACAUUGUCAGAGCAUAUCCAGCAUGGCAUACUCCAUGUACCUCUUUACCAGGGGGGAAGGCCUGUUGAAGACCACUCUGGACCUCUUCCACCAAGCUGAGCUUCUAUCAGAGUUGGGUCUCCAGCUGUGCUCCUUUCUGCAGUCCUUCUCCUUACAGCUGGUGGACGAGGAGAAAAUGCUCCUGACGUCUGAGACAGAAAAGCUGGCAGCUUUUUGCCAGCAGCUACAAGUGUAUGCCAAGACUCCUGUCCAGGGCAAGAGUGCUGCGUUCCAGAAGGUGGACAUGACUGUACACAACACCAAAGGCGUGAUGACUGUGGUGGGGUCUCUCCUACCGCUGUGUAAUAAACUCAUCAGAAAGUGUAAAUCAGAGUGCAGUAUUCUGGAUUCGCCUCAGGCCUGGAGGGAGAGGCAGCACACUCCAGUUAAAGAAGACACACUGAAUGGCAAAAGCUCCAAUGGCUUCAGGGUCAAACCCCUGGAGCAGCACAUGGCCAAUCUCACCUUCUUAGAGAGCAAGUAGCUCAGAGCCCUUACAGCCCAGAGCUAAUGAAACCCAGAGUAUUAUUCUACACACACACACACACUUUGCUUUGUCACAUGUUUUGCGCUGUGCAGUGUCUCCUGGCAUUCCUGCUGCACUACUCACGUACAAUAAGGUCCAAAAGUCUCUCUUACCAAGAACUGUUUUUAUCUCAGAAUACAUUUCAUGAAUUAUAUUUAACAAUCCAGGUUAUACUUCACUGAACUCUGAUAGAAUUAAAAAGAAAUGAUGGCACCAAUAUGCGAUUUAGAGUCAGAUAAUCUAGAAGAAAGUCACAGUAGGUCAUGUUACAGUGAUGAGAUCAUGGGUACGAGUGAUCUUAAAACAUUUUAUCAGUUUAAAUCCUGCUGCAUGAAUGCAGGAUUAAUGCUGGACUUUAGUUUGGCUUUGAAUGCAGCUCAGCCAAUCAGAUUAUAGAAUUUGUUUUAUGAUAUAAAAUAAGAAUCUUAAUACUGGUAAUGGAAAACUCUUCGUUUUUUGUCUUUUAUCUCCACAUUUUAUUUUUUAGCUUGUUGAAUUUUUAUUGUAGGAUCGGACAAUUUUAACUAUUUGCACUUUUGACUUUUCAGUUCAGUAUCAGACGUUUAUUAAUGCAGUCAUCUGGGGAUAAAUGCUAAAAUUUAGCUUACAGGAAGUUACAGAUUUAAUCUACCCAAUACAAAAAAUAAAUGCGACGUAUCUCUCUCUCUCUCUCUGUAUAUAUACCCUAUGCACACUAAUCAGGCAAAACAUUAUGACUACCUGCCUAAUAUUGUGUUGGUCCCCCCCUUUUGCUGCCAAAACAGCCCUGACCCGUCGAGGCAUGGACUCCACUAGAUCCCUGAAGGUGUGCUGUGGUAUCUGGCAUCAAGAUGUUAGCAGCAGAUCCUUUAAGUGCUUGAAGGAUACUUAUAGGACUUAGAGCUGCAGUUUUGGAGAUGCUCUGAUCCAGUCGUCUAGCCAUCACAAUUUGGUCCUAGUCAAACUCCCUCAAAUCUUUACGCUUGCCCAUUUUUCCUGCUUCUAACACAUCAACUUUGAGGACAAAAUGUUCACUUCCUGCCUAAUAUAUCCCACCCACUAACAGGUGCCAUGAUGAGGAGAUCAUCAGUGUUAUCCACUUCACCUCUCACUGCUCAUAAUGUUAUGCCUGAUCGGUGUACAUACUGUAUAUAUACGUGCAAUUCGGAAGCAGUAAUGAAAUAAAAACAGUUCUGAAGACUUUUGGACUCCACAGAAAAUAAACCACAUAUACACGUUUCUUUUUCCUUACAUCAAUCCGUGCAUGUUUUGGGCUCAAUUCCAAACUGCCCUGCUAUUUACUGCUGUUAAAAAGCUACCACUAAGACAGAGUUUCUAUUUUUCAACAAGUGAUAUGUUAAGAGAAUAGCUUGAACUAUAAGUGAAAUCAUCCUCAGUUGUUUUAGCAUAGGACACUGACACACUGUAUUUAAUGCAUCUGCCUCAUGUAUACAUUGACGCCAAAUAAGUCCAGCUUCCGUCACCUCUCAGGCCGUCAGCACCAGGGUGUGAGGCACCAAGUCACAGACUUAACGUUUUCAACGUGCCGAAAAUGACUCUGUUCCCAAAAAUCAACGCUGAAGAACGAGCAUCAAAGCAACAUUUAGGGUAUUAAAAGUCAAUUUUGUUUGUGUGCUUGUAGUGACAGUAACUGCCUCCUCAUACGGACUGUCCUGUAGGUCACUGUGAUUCGUACUGUUACUUGAAACGUGAAAGCGCUGCGGCGAGCUCUGCUACAGUUAACUCCAUACAAUCAGGAUGAAGACUUUCUCCAAAUCAAAGCACGUGACUGCUGCGUACUUCGGUGCCGACGGCAUGUUCUUACGUUUCCUUUCUGCCUCACUUGUUACGACCGGAAGCCGAGUGAUGUGUCCAAAGCGGACAUGUUCACGUGUGAAGUUUCAGAACACGCUCGUAAUUGUGCUUUAGUGAUGACUGAGAAACCAUCAAGCUGACUGAAAGCAGUUUCAGAUCAUUUGGAUCCUUUUGACAGUUGUAUGAUUGUUAAACAAAGACAGACUAAAUAUACAUUAUUUUUCUUAAAUUGUG